UCGUUCAUAAUAAUUAUACUCAAACAGUAGAUGUAUCACCAAGUAUAUCAAGUAAUCAAACACAAUGGUCUGCUAUGAGUCGUGAACCUACAAAUAAUUCAUCAUUUCGUUAUCAAUUUUAUUUACCACCUAACCAACAACUAUACUCAACAUCAGCAAAACAAAUACGAGGAUAUGCAGAUUUUCCACUUUUUUCAACACCUUUCUAUUUACCUUUUAAUGGUCAAAGUAAUCUUUCUUAUAAUCGUUCUAAUCCAUAUGUAGCUCAAGCUUACAGUCACAUAGAUGCACCAACACUACCAUCGAUUUAUAACAUAGGUCGUUCACGAUCAAUACUUACAACAAGUACUACUGAUCCUUCUCAUGUAACAUCAACAACAGAUGUCAUCCAAACAACUGGUAAUGAACAUCGAACAGAAUCUUAUCGAACAUUAAAACAUGUUGAAUCAUCAAUGACAACAGAUAAAAAUGAACAAUCUUUUAAAGAAAAUAUCGAUGAUGAAUCUCAUCUAGUAAAACGUUCUGUAUCUGCACCAAUUGAUAUGUUUUUAAUUGAUAUUUCAAAAGAACAUGCUCGUAUUGGUCAACCUGUUUCAAUGAAUAUUCGUCAUUUACUUUUGGAUACAUUAGAAAAUAAUCAUAGAAAUUCAUCAACACCAAUUCGUAUCGAACCAACUUCAAUUACUAAAUAUGCACAUGAAAAUCUUCUAAAUUAUAUUCCAUAUGUUUGUGAAAGAUAUCCAAAUGUUACUGUUGAUUCUAAUCAACUUACACGUAAUACACUUCAUGUUCGAAUGCCAUCACAAUUUUCUCGUUCACUUAAUGUUUUGACUUGA